UCUUGUUGGCAAAUCACAUUGCGUUAUUAAACUGAUAUGCCGUUGUAAAAGUUAUAUUUUUGUAACAAUUGAAGUAAAAAUUAGUCGUUUCCAUGAUGGACGUGAUGCAUUCAUGUCGCUGCUGCCUGCGGUGUCCCCCGGACAAGGAUCUGACGACGCCGUACACACAUCUCGGCAAAACGGAGAUUUAUGUUGACAUGUUGAAAGACUGUUUCGAUGUACAGCUAUCGCUGGGUGGCCGUGGCUCAUGCGGCAUCUGCUCUACGUGCGUGGGCCGCCUGCGAGACGCUAGCGACUUCAAGCUGCAAGUGCAGCGCAGCCAGGAGCUGCAACAAGAAGCUGUGUUUGUAAAAGUGGAGGGAGGCCCUAUGAAGACUGAAAUAGCUGAUGAUGACGUCCCACCUGAUGACACCGUGUUUCAUGAUGAAGAGCCUUUACAAGAACAUACAGCAGAGGAGAUGGUCGAAGAUGAAGGACAUUCAGAAGCUUUGGACGAAGAGCCCAUAAGUAAUGUAGAGGUAGUCAUGGACGAAGAGAGAGGGGAAACUUUAGAUGAAGAUCCUUUACUCAAGCCAGAGACUUCGUAUAAUACGAUGAUGCCGUACUACUCAAAUACAGUUUCGGACUCCGUACCUGCCCACGCCAGAGAGCCUGCAUACAUUCGUCCAGUCAAGCUCGAGCGGCUCCGCGGCGAUCAACACACAACUCUUCACAGUGACAAAUCAUACGCCCGCGAACACUGCACCAACAUUUCCCAGGCUUGUGAUUUUUGUAGUUCUAUAUUCCAAACCAAAUUGAUGUUAUUGGAGCACAAGAAAAACGAUCAUGGUGUUAUAAAUUUCAUGUGCGCCGAAUGCGAAUACAUAGCAGCUAAUAAGAAAAUGUUGCUAAGGCAUUUGAAGAAACACACAGCUAUUGAAAUUUGGAACUGUAGUCACUGCAGUUACACAAGUCGACUUAAACGUAAUUAUUGUGAACAUUUAAAAAUACACGCCGGUGAAAAAUCUUACAGCUGCAACAUAUGUGACUAUAAAUGUUAUAGGAAACAAGAACUACAACGUCAUCAGUUGACACACACAGGUGAAAAGCCUUACGCAUGUAGCUACUGUGACUACAAGUGCAGAGAUAAAUGUAACCUACGACGCCACGAGAUGAAACAUACUCAGAUGAAACCUUUUCAAUGCAGCCAAUGCGAUUACAAAUGCAAUCGCAAAGAGAGCUUGCAAACACACCAGAAGACUCAUACUGGUGAAAAACCGUUUAGCUGUAAAGACUGUGAUUUCAAAUGCAGUAACAAAACGAACCUACGGCGCCAUCAGUUAAGACAUUUAACGAAAAAACCUUUUCAAUGUAGCCACUGCGAUUACGAAUGCAUUCAGAAACGACGGCUACGUGAACACCAAAGGGUUCACACAGGUGAGAAACUUAGCAAGAACUACAAUUGCAGUCAUUGUGACUACAAGUGUAGUAAGAAAACAAACUUAAUUAUACACCAAAGGAUACACACAGGUGAAAAACCUUUUAAAUGUAGCCACUGCGACUACAAGUGCUGUGAUAAAGCGAGUUUGCUUCGGCACACGAUGAGACACACCGGUGAGAAACCGUACGCGUGUAAUCAAUGCGAGUACAGGUGUAGACGAAACGACUUAUUACUAAAGCACCAAAAGAUACAUUUGCCGUAAGCCGAAGACGAAGUUUCAUCACGAUAAUUCGAUUGAGAUGUGUAUAGCCGUAGCAUUAAGCAUACAAUAUUUAUUUACUCAGAUACAUGAAAAAUAACACGUCAAAGAUAAAUGACAAUUGAGCAUAGCUGGGCACCGUUAAUCAAAUAGUUUUAACUUCGUUAAUCGCUAAUCCGUUACUAAAAAAGUUAACUUCGUUAAUCGUUAAAGCGAUACAUUUCGACAAAUUUAACG